AUGGCCUCCGACAUUCUGGACGUCUUCAAUAUCAAGGAGGAGACCCGUGUUCAGCCCAAGAAGCACGCACGGUCCGAGAACGACUUCGGGACCUCGGGAAAGAAGAAAAAACACGCUUUGAGCAGAGAACUGUACAACCUUAUCGGCACAAACUUGCCUCCCGUUGCCGUUGAGAAGGGGUUCAAAUUCAAGGACAAGAUUAACUCCGGAAAGGCGUCUCCAUGGGUGUGGGCGCCUUUUAAGAAUGGUGCGAGAUCAGAUGAACUGGAACUGCAUCAUUGGGUCAAAGGCCCGAUCACCGAGACCGAGGAAGAGAAACCCUACGCUUUUGAGAAAUACAACACUUCUUUGGACAUCCCUCACUUUUCCGAGGAGGAGUAUACCAACACAUUGAAAGAUCUCAGCGAAGACUGGGAUUACGAAGAAACAAAGUAUCUUUUUGACCUGGCAAGAGAUUUUGAUCUCCGUUGGGCUGUGAUUUACGACAGAUACGAAUUCAGCAACGACAAGCAAAGGACCCUGGAGGAUCUUAAAGAAAGAUUGUACAAAGUGUCUGCCAAGGUGCUCAACUCCAACCCGGAUGGUACCAGAGACGUUGGUCUGAUCAAGAGUUUGGAGGCGUUCGAUAAGAACCAAGAAAUCGAGAGAAAACAAUAUCUCAACAGACUGAUCCACAGAGCUCCUACAGAAAUCGCAGAAGAAGAAUCGCUGGUGAUCGAGGCCAGAAAGUUCGAGCUCGCGGCCAAGAAGAUGCUGAUGGAGCGCGCACAACUGCUGCAACUGCUGGACUCUCCACAGUCUUCCGCUUCUAUCGAACAAUACAACAGUUCGCAGGGACUCACACAGCUUUACAACUCUCUAAUGACCGUCGACAAGUCCAAGAAGCGCAAGCCUGAGGUUCCAGUGCCUCCACAGCUUGGCCCUAAUGCUAUCCCACACACACAACAGAUCCAACAAGCGCAACAGAACCAGCUAAUGAGACAGAGACAGGGCAGAAAGAUGUCUUCCGUGUCGCAAAAGAUGUUUGGUGGAAAACAGGAGAUCUCGCAGCAACAGGCACAGUCCGAGGUCUGGCAGCUUUUGCAGUCCAAGCUCACAGAAGAGGAGAUGGAGGUUUACGGUUUACGGUUCCAUGACGAGAAAUUGCAGCCGGGAGUUUUCAUCAGAUCUCAGAAACUAUCUACUUUCAAGCCUGCAGUGCAAGCCAAGGUUGUAGAGACUCUGAAUGAGCUGGGCAUUUCGGUGAAACCGACUCUCCCAACAGCAAAGGUUUGUGGUAAGUUUGACCAGCUCUUGCAAGGUAUUGCAACUUUGAUCGAUUUGAAGAAACAAACCGACAAGGUCAGUGGAGAAGUUGCCUUGAUUAAAAGCCAGAAGGGAAUUGAGUAG